CGCCCUUCCCCGCUCGCCCGCCGGGCUGCAGCCUGCGCUCCCGGCCCGCCCAUUCCGCCCCGCCCCGCCGCCGCCGCCGCCUGCCGAGCGAUUUGUCCCGCUGCAGGGCGGAGGGCGCGGAGCUCGGGAUGCCGCUGCUGAGCCGCUCCCUGCACAGCCUGACUCCGGAUCAGCCAGCCAGCCAGGUUCUGAACGGUGCCUGAACAGAAGUAAAAGAACCAAUAGCUGCUGUUGGAGACGGGCUGCAGAAUAAUUAGUCACCAUGAUGACAGAGACAGGCCCAGACUCAGAGGUGAAGAAUGCCCAGGAGGAGCACCCACAGCAGCAGCUGGAGGCAGUGGCAACCAGCCCAACCACAGUGACUACUGGUCCUGGCCCGAUGGCCAACAACCGGGAAGCUGAGGCCAACGAGAAGCCCAGAGCCCAGGCUGACUCCAGAAGUGCAGAGCCGGGCAUGGAUUUGGAGGAGAAGGACUACAGCGAAACAGAUGGGCUGUCGGAGAAAACCACGCCCAGCAAGACCCAGAAAUCCCCCCAGAAAAUUGCCAAGAAGCUCAAGAGCGCCAUCUGCAGGGUGACCCUGCUCGACGCCUCCGAGUAUGAGUGUGAAGUGGAGAAACAUGCCCGGGGCCAGGUGCUCUUCGACAUGGUAUGUGAGCACCUCAACCUCCUGGAGAAGGAUUACUUCGGCCUGACGUUCUGCGACUCCGACAGCCAGAAGAACUGGCUGGACCCCUCCAAGGAAAUCAAAAAGCAGAUCCGCAGUGGCCCCUGGAACUUUGCCUUCACUGUUAAAUUCUACCCACCCGACCCUGCCCAACUUACAGAGGACAUCACAAGAUACUACCUGUGUCUGCAGCUGCGGGCUGACAUCAUCACGGGCCGCCUGCCGUGCUCCUUCGUCACACACGCCCUGCUGGGCUCCUAUGCUGUGCAGGCCGAGCUGGGAGACUACGACACUGAGGAGCACGUCGGCAACUACGUCAGCGAGCUGCACUUUGCGCCCAACCAGACCAGGGAGCUGGAGGAGCGCAUCAUGGAGCUGCACAAGACCUACAGGGGCAUGACGCCAGGCGAAGCGGAGAUCCACUUCCUGGAGAAUGCCAAGAAGCUCUCCAUGUACGGAGUCGACCUGCACCACGCCAAGGACUCAGAAGGCAUUGACAUCAUGCUAGGCGUCUGUGCCAACGGCCUGCUGAUCUACAGGGACAGGCUGAGGAUAAACCGCUUUGCCUGGCCCAAGAUCCUCAAGAUUUCCUACAAGAGGAGCAAUUUCUACAUCAAAAUCCGCCCUGGUGAGUAUGAGCAGUUCGAGAGCACCAUUGGCUUCAAGCUGCCCAACCACCGCUCCGCCAAGAGGCUCUGGAAGGUCUGCAUUGAGCACCACACCUUCUUCAGGCUGGUGUCCCCAGAGCCGCCCCCAAAGGGCUUCCUGGUGAUGGGCUCUAAGUUCCGCUACAGCGGGCGGACGCAGGCCCAGACCCGCCAGGCCAGUGCUCUGAUCGACCGGCCUGCGCCCUUCUUCAAGCGCUCCUCCAGCAAACGGUACACCAUGUCUCGCAGCCUCGAUGGAGAGUUCUCACGCCCGGCCUCCGUCAGCGAGAACCACAACGGAGGGGUGGAGUCCGAGAGGCGGGACGAGGACGGCGAGUACAGCGGGUGGCAACGCUCCGAGGCGGAGGAUGAAUUUGAGGAAGUGACGACCCCGACGAAAAUCAAGGAACUGAAGCCGGAGCAGGAAACUACCCCCAGGCACAAGCAGGAGUUUUUAGACAAACCAGAAGAUGUUUUGCUAAAGCACCAGGCCAGCAUUAACGAGCUGAAGAGGACGCUGAAGGAGCCCAACAGCAAGCUAGUUCACAGGGACCGGGACAGGAGGCUGCCGUCAUCACCAGCCUCUUCCUCACCCAAGAAUGAGGAUGAGACGCCAAAGGGGACCCCGGAGAAGGCCAGUGAGAGGAUGGAAGAGGAUUUCGUAGAGGAGUUUUCAGCUGAGCAUGGAGCUGCCUUAUCCAUGGAGUCUUUCACCCAGAAAAGUCUUGCCUCUUCUCCUGAGGGUUCAGAGCAUUGGGUAUUUGUAGAGAGAGAAACUUCUAGGCUGGAAGAGCUUGCUCUAGAGAAAGCUAUUGGAACCAAGAAAGAAGACGCACGUGCAGGUACUUCAGAGGAGCAAACAAGUGUGAGCUUAUCAAAAGUGGACAUUGCAGUAGGGAAAGCCAAAAAACCAGCAGCAAAAGAGGAACCAGAAAGUGUGAAACUGGACACCCAUGCAAGAGACAAAAUGAUUGCUAGUCCAGAGGAUUUUGAGUCUGUUUGGGAGGAUGAAAUGUCUGAGAGCGAAAUCAGAGAAGACCUAUAUUUGGAGGCAGAAAGCCAGCCAUCUGAGAAUGGCAAAGAGCAGAAGUCCAAGGAGGGAAAAGAAGAGGUGAUAACUAAUGAACUUGAGCAACCAGCUGGCUCUUUGGAAGGCCAAGCCGAGCAAAAUCAACAACCUGAAGAUUCUCAAGCAGAUGAAAGACCAAGGUCUGAGCCUUCUGGGCCAGAAGCUCCAAAGAAAGAAAGCAAGGCUACCGUGCAAGAGCCUGGGUCUGUCUCACCAGCUUCAGAUAAGGAAGAGUCCAUAAUACCUAGCCCAACUUCUGAGGGUGUUAAAGCUAAUGUGGAGUCUAGUGAUGAGGAGACAAUGUCUUCUGCUGCAGAGAGGAUCUCCUACUUAGGAGCUACAGGAGACAAAAAGGAGAGUAAAAUCCAUCUCAGACUCGAAGAGGAAGAAAAGUCUUGUUCUGCUGAAAAAGAGGGGCUGGAGCCCAAAACAGACCUUUCAGUUGAAAAAGGGAAGAGCCCUGAGCUUGAACCAGCAUCUGACCCAACAGCUAUAAUGGGAAAGGACAAGUUCCAACCCACUUCCUCGGCAGGUGAUCAAGGAAAGUCAGAGACAGAUGAACCAGGUAUAGAAUCAAACCAAGCUGAGAAGGUCCUAGAGCUUAGCAAAAAGACACGCCUCCUAGGACAUUGUACUGCAGAGAAGGGGGCAUAUGCACCAGAGGAAGAGGAGUCUGCUGCGUCAAUAGGCAGUGAAUCGAAAGGUGGAAGUGAAUCCGAGUCACGCUCUGUAGCAAAGGAAUCUAGGGACAAGGACCCACAAGAACCAAUGGCAGAAUUAAAGCUCGGUUCCCUCCCCAGGGAAGGUGGAGAGGCUGAGCUCUCUCAGCAGCGGGACAAGAGGUACAGUGCAGCACAAAGCUCCAUCCUGGCAGAAGGCCUGAAAGGGUCAGAAAAACAGGACAUGUGGAAAGGGGAAGCAACUUCCAAUGUGUCAGGGACUGGAAAGGAAACAACUGAGCUGGGAGAAAGAGAAAUGUCAAAAAUGUUUCUUCAGAUGGAAGCCAUAGAGAUUAAACCAACCCCCAUGAAUCCCCCCUGGCAGCAUCCUCCCAGCACGACAGAAAGUCCAGAGGAAGAGAAACUAAGACAGCCCACCGUGGGUGAGCCGCCCCGGGACACGGGCCCCACGGCCGGCGAGCCGCCCCGGGACACGGGCCCCACGGCCGGCGAGCCGCCCCGGCACAUAAGCUUCAACGCAGAUGAGCCAUCCCAGGACAAAGGAUUUGCCAUGGACAAGCCACUGCAGGAUAAACCUCCUUCAGGAGAAGAAGCUGAAGCCUUCUCUACAUGCUCUCCUGUAAGAGGAUCACCUCAUGGGGACAAGGAAUUGUCACGACCUGUUGUUGCCACGGCUGAAGACAGGAAACCUACCAACAGGAAACAAAAGCCAGAGUCUGGGCCUUUGAAGUCCAUUGCAGGUGGGGUGGAAGUCGUGUCUCAGGAGCCUGAGGAGGCACCUGUGGAGCUGGCUUCACCCUCCCCCACUGGCUGGCAGGGCUCACUGGGGCAUGACAGUGAGAUGUAUGAAAAAGCCUCUGUGGCUUCUAAAAUUAAGCUGUUUGAACAAGGUGGCACUUGUGGCCCAGUCUCUGAUGAGCGAAAAAGAGCAGCCCAGGAGCGGCCACGAGAGAGUGAAACCAGGAGACCAUCUAAAUCAACAGAGGCACGAAUAGAACCGCCACAGGCCAUGAGCCUAGUCUUGUCUCCUACACCCUCGGUCGCCUCAGAUGACAGAGCCAGGCAUGCUGGGGAAGUGUCUGGUGUGGGAUACCUAACCACUGCGCAACUGGCAGCCACAAGAGAGUCUUCCCAGCCUCCGUCUUUGAAGGAAGGUGUUUCCACCGAUUCAGAGCACAGAGGAGAAGACGACACCGGGCUUGCUUCCCCCGAUUCCAGCUAUGAAAUCACCCUGACAAAAGCUGUGAGCAAAUCUCAGGAACCAAUUUGGGAAGAAAAGGAUUUAUCUGACCCAUCAGUAAAAGCCGCCCCGAAAGAAGAGGGUUUAAGGACUGCUAUUCCAGUGGUCUCCCAGAGAGCGGGAGCAAAGGAGGGAGCAGAGGAGAAAGCAAAGCCACCUUGGCACAGGGCUCCUGAGAGCGACACUGGGGAUGAGGAGCAAGACCAGGAGAGGGAUUCAGUCUUUCUGAAGGACAACCACCUGGCCAUCGAGCGAAAGUGCUCGAGCAUCACGGUCAGCUCGACCUCCAGCCUGGAAGCCGAGGUGGACUUCACUAUGAUCGGUGACUUCCAUGGCACAGCCUUCGAAGACUUCUCCAGAAGUCUGCCUGAGCUCGAUAAAGACAUGAGUGAGAGGGAAGCUGAAGGUGUGAUUUCCUCCCAGGAUGCUGACAAAGCAGCUCCUGGCCAAGAAGAAGAUGCCAAGGAAGGGGAGCAGGGCUCCCACCAUAUCCCAGAAGUGUCCCACUUUGAGUCAUCUGUUCUGAAACCAGAGGCUGCGACUGACAGCUCGGUGGCUGGCACGAAGAAGGCGGAACCAGAGGUCUUCGUGCACCACAGAGUCACCACGGCGGAAACAACACAGGUUGACAGAGACACCACGGGUGGAAAAGAGACAACAGCCAUGUCCCACAUUGUCACCACAGAAAGCAUAUCAGUGACCUCAGAUCACAGUACCAAGCCUGGGAAGGGAAUGAGCCCCGCUACUGAACUUCGCUCCACAUCUCCGAUCAGCAGCAGCUCUUCUGGGAAGGAAAUUCUCACCAGCCUAUUUGGUGCCACUGCAGAAACCCUCUCCACCUCCACCACUACCCACGUUACCAAGACUGUGAAAGGAGGGUUUGCAGAGACCAGAAUAGAGAAGCGGAUCAUUAUUACGGGAGAUGAAGAUGUGGAUCAAGACCAGGCAUUAGCUUUGGCAAUCAAAGAGGCAAAACUACAGCACCCUGACAUGCUGGUAACCAAAGCUGUGGUAUAUAGAGAAACAGAACCAUCUCCAGAGGAAAGGGACAAGAAACCGCAGGAAUCUUGACUGCCGUGUUUACAGAAGUUGGCAUCUCUAUUCAAACCCAACUUGGAGAACAAUGAAGAAAGGGCCUUCCUGCUGGAUUCCUCAAUGAGACCUAGACGUCCUGGCUGCAACGUUAAUGGCGAGAGACAAAUUUUUUAAAAAAAGGAAUAGCAAAUAUAUAUAUAUAUAUAUAUAUAUAUAUAUGCAGGAAACAAAAUGCAUCCUUGCACUGCUGCUAUAUGCUGGAGGUGAAUUACAAACAGCAACAUCAACAAUAACACACAAAACCAACCACCUACUUUAGUCUUUGCAGACAAAUUGAAGAAUUGACUGGAUUUAUCAGAAAAACAAACAACAAAUCAUGAUGAUAAUAAUAAUAAUAAUAAUAUUAACAUACAAUAAACCGCCAUUUUGCAUGUUGCAUUUAAAGGAGACACAACUCAUGGGUUCAUUUGUUGCACACUGAAUGGAAAUGAAACGUGCUUUGCAACAAAGCAGCAAACAAAAAAAAAACUCCAACAACCCACAAGCAGAUGCAAAACUAUUCCCCACCUAAGGAAAGAAGAGAGAGAACCAUUGAAUUGUUUGAUUAUUUUGUAAUUAUUUUCUGCUUCAGGAUGUGUGGUGAUCAACCCUCUUCCCCAUUCCAUGCUAGUUCUGUUGCAUCAUUUUUUGGUUCUGUUCUUACCCACCCACUUGUCCUUCCUUUUCUUUCCUCUCUCCCCUUGUCCAGUCUCUUGUUCUGCUGAAGGUAAUUAAGAACAGAUCUCAUUUAAAACAAAACAAAAACUAUAUGUAUAUGGUUUCUCAUUUAUAAAAAUGCAGUCUGUAGGGGUUUCAUAUGAAUGUGCUUUUAAGUUAUGUAUAUUAUAUAUAACUGAGGGUGUGGAGUGGUGGGUGGGAAACGAUAUUAAACUAAUUAAACCGUGUUGGUAAGUUUGCGGAUGACAUUUUUAAAUUAUAAUUGUUUGGUUGACUGUGGUUGAUAUACUAUGAGAAUCUUAGCUCACACUGAUAUCCCACAAGAAGAGAACAGGGAACAUUUCAUUAGCCGCUGCUCUUUCGGAGGCUGGAAUGGGAUGUUUGCCACUGAGUUGAUGCACUGCGGCAGGAGGGGUUGGUGUAGUGACACAGUGUCUGGUGUUGGUUGGUUGGUGGUAAGGGAGUGCUCAGCAACAUGGAGGGGUGGGGGUUGGGAAAGAAGGAAAAGACUGCAUCCAUUUAUCAUUACCAAAAUGUGCCAGACAGAAAUGUCUCCCCGUUCCCCAAAUCCAAAGAUGUUGAGGUUGUGUGAAGCCUCGAGUUAGACUGUUUGAUUCCCAGGCUUCCAGGCUCUAGGAGUCUUUGACUCCUCAGAUCUGGAGCCCUAGCAGCAGUAGAGGUAUCAUAUCACACUUUUCAGCACAUUCUUGAAAACCAGGCACCUGGGCUGAGUUAGUGAUUCCCCCCACUGGUCUAGACACUUGUUGUUAGCUUCAUUUCUGAACCUCAGUCCCAGCUCGAGAGCUUUUGAAGUGAAAUGUUUGAGGUAAGCAAGUACCUUUCCACAGCAAGCUGUAUGACUGCAUUUUGCCAGGGUGGCUGUAGGCGGUGCAACAGCUGUCCUGGCGGGAAUAGGUGAAUGGCAGCUCCCCCAUCCAUUUCCUCCAUGGUACUGUCCACUGAUACUCUGGCUUAGGGUUGACUCCUGUCCACCGACAGUUUGAUGAGUAAGAAACCAUGUGACAAACGUGCAGGGAACAGUAGAUUUACAGGGCUGGACAGCAUUGCCCAGUCAUCCAGAACUUAGAGGGCAGAUGCUGAUGAGGCAGCAGGAAGGCAGAGAGGCUGCUUUCCCCACAACUGGACAGAACCUGGCACUUAGAUAAAGUCUUUCUCUGCUGUUGCCUUUGGAGUGGAGGUUGGGACCUGAGGCACUGUGUGAGACAGGCAGUUAGGGAAGACUUAGAACCAAAAAAAAAAAAAGAAAAGAAAAGAAAAUGAACUGAUUUCCAAAUGGAAUUGUCACUAGCUCCUGAAGCUACAGAAGGGUCCACAAACAUUGCACCAUCUUUGUCUUUAUUCCCCCCCCAACACACACACACACUUAAUGCCUGGAGAGGAAGCACCUCUACCUAGUCCCCACGAUGAGAUCUGGGAAUCCUACUGAAAAUGGACAACUUGAAUAUUUAGAAUCCGGUGGGCAUACCCCAUAUGAUCAAUUUCCUCCCAAAGCAGGGACUCCUGAGUUUCUGGUGGGCCUUGGUCUUUCCAGUUGUCUUCUACUGUGUCUCCAUGAAGUCUGUUCUCCUUUUGGCACAUGGCUUUCUCAUGUAAGCAUUAAAGGGAUGAGCACUGGUUCCCUGAUGAUAGCACUCAUUCAUGUGCUAGUGCCAGUGAGGGUCAUUUCAGGCUUCUGAUGAAUCCAAAUGUGUGGUGUUCUCCCUGGAUUCUACCUGAAAGUUCACAGCCACCCCUAACCUGCUGCUGCUUUAGGGACAACACCCAGCAAAACCAAAAGGAGUGUCAGCAAUUACACAGUCUUUUUUUUUUUUUUUUAAACAUACUCAAGUCAGCUGUAAAAAACAUAUGCGCUUUCAGGACGAAAAGCCCAACUCAGAGGACCUGUUCCCAAGAGCUGUGCAAGCCUGUCUGUUCUGCUAUCAGAGGGAGUAAAUCCCCCCAUGCAUCACACUGUUUGACACAUUUUGAAUUUCAAACAAAAAAAAAAAGCUGGUAGAAACUUGAUGCCAUUGAAAUUGAAUUGGAGGCUACUUUGAAACUGAUUUUGAUCUCGCUCACGCUAGUAUAAGAUCUGGAGUUACUCCAUUAAAAACAGUGGAGUUGCGCUGCUGCAAAAUCAGUGGAAGCGAGAUUAGAAACAGACCCUGCAGGUUCAGAGCUAAAAAACAGUCGACCCAUUUCUCUGGAUUCCUCACAGUGAGUGACAAUGGAGGGGGGGGAGCAUGAGUCUUUUGCCCACCUGGCCAGAGGUGGGUUUUAUAGAUAGAUAGAUAGAUAUAUAAUCCACACCUUGCCAGGUGAGCAAUAGACUCAAACUUUUUCUUUAUAUAUUUGUUAUAUAUCUAUAUUGUUUGUGAUGGUGUUGAAGCCGUACAUCACUCUAAGGCCUUGGCUUCCUCCCACCUUCUUCAUCACUGUCGCUGACAUUUCUGAUAGUUGAUCACUAUUUUUCUUUUUUCUGGGGACCGUUCCAUUGAAGUGGCUGGGAGACAUGAGUGCCUGUUUGUCCCUAAAUCUACAAAUUCAUUUCAAAACUUGCCUGCAAUUGCAUGAGUGAUAAUAAUAAACAUGAUUUUUAUUUGAAAAGCACCUUACCAACCAACUGCAAUGCUCUGUCGUUCCUUCACUAACUCCCCUUUCCUCUUCCCCUGUUCCUCUUCUCCCCCUUGCCCCUUUCAAUCAUAUUCUUUUUCAGUGCUUGGUGGUGUAUGCGUGUGUGCUCACUGUUCUUGUAUUCAAUAAAAGUGAAAUAAAUGUGUUUGAUGCUCAACCA